GGGUGAUUUGCCACGUUGCUGUAGACAACAGACUUAAAGCCUCUCUCACGCCUGGGAGGAUGUAGGUUACGUUUGACCACUCACGGCGGCAGACCGCGGUCAGCUUCAAGCUAUUAAACUCCGGUGUGUCAGGUUUCUGUCGGGUGUUGUUUUGGGUGAGCCCUCCAUUUAAAAAUGCUAACCGACAUGAUUUUGGAGGAAGAGUUUGAGAAGAAUGGAGACCCUUGGUACAACCCGCAGGAUCUCGAACACGAUCUGCAUUUGGCAGCAGAGCUGGGGAAAACCCUCCUUGAGAGAAACCAUGACCUGGAGCAGGCCCUGCAGGAGAUGUACUCCACCAAUCAGGAGCAGCUGCAGGAGAUAGAGUACCUCACCAAGCAGGUGGACCUGCUGCGUCAGAUGAAUGACCAGCAUGCCAAAGUGUAUGAGCAGCUUGACGUGGCUGCCAGAGAUCUGGAGCAAAGCAAUGAGAGACUGGUGCAGGACAACCGCCUGGCCCAACAUAAGAUCCACAGUCUAACUGAGACUAUUGAAGCACUUCAGACCCUUAUGGAGCAUCUGCAGGCCCAAGUCGAAGAGCUAAAAACUGCAGAGGCAGAACGAAAUAAGAGAGAGCUGGCAGAGCAGAGACGCAGCCUCGGCGCACAGAGUGUGUCCUGUCUCAAAGAGCUGUAUGACUUGCACCAUGACAGGUAUCUCUCCCACGGCAGUCACCUUGUGGAUGGACUCUGGUCGCCUCAUGGCUCUUUCCAUGACCAAAAGAGGCAACCAAACCCAGAGGAGGAGAACGCUGCUCUCCAGCGCUCCAUCCAGACCCUUCAAAGCCAGAUAACUGCAGAGCGGAGUCGCAGGGAGGCCGCAGAGCGGGAGAUGGAGUUGACAGCCAGGGAGAACAGCAGUCUAGAGCAGCGGCUGGCCCUGCUGUCAGGCUGCCAGGUCAGGCAGAAGGAGCUGGAGGCCGAAGUAGAACAGCUGCAGCUUCUAUGGCGCGCCGACUGUGCCAACAGGAGACCUGACCAGCUGCUGGUGCCUGACACGGUAUUCUUUGUCUCAGAGGAAAGGCCCCACCCGGAGCAGAGUGAGCCAGAGGAGAAGACGGAAACUGCUGAGGAGCAGAGCAGAUCCGGCCGACAGAGGUGCAACAGUGACAGCGUGUUGAGGGCAACAAACCCGGAUGAAAUUCUUCGUGGUCACGAGCAGCUGUGUAUACGUCGAGCAGAGGCUGUGAAAAAGAGGGGCAUCUCUCUGCUCAAUGAGGUGGAUGCACAGUAUAGUGCACUGCAGGUGAAAUAUGACGAGCUGCUGCAGCGAUGCCAGCAAGUAUCAGACGAGUUCAACCAUAAGGCCGUCCAGACAUCCAGCAGUCCCUUUGCGAGCAGCCGCUCACGCCGCCGGCUGUCCGGCUCUGCAGCUCUGUCUGAUCUGACUGUGGUUCUUGAAGAAGGCCAGCAGCCAGAGUACAAGGCUCUCUUCAAGGAGAUCUUCACCUGCAUCCAAAAGACCAAAGAGGACCUCAGUGGAAACGGAAAACCGCUCAGGGAUGGUGAAUCCUCCAAAUGAUUGCCAUUCAUCACCCUGUGACUUGCUCUCUGUAAAACUAUUCAGAGAUUGCAGACGCUGUAAAUACACUCAGGCUUUGUGAAUCUUAGACAUGCCUGUUGUGUCCUUAUCAAAAAUAAAGUGACUAUAGUUACAUGAGUGAAUAAAGUAUAUUUUUACAUGCAGCUUGAUCGCCAAUUCAAAAAGUAUUAUAUCCACCAGCAGCAGUAUUCAGUUUUUUUUUUGUAAUGCUUACACUGUGACCACUUGACUGUUUGGUGUUUGGAGGAGAGGCACGUGCAGUGGUGUUACACUGUGUUACGUUGUUGGGUAAAAUGGCAGUUAUUAUCAGAGUUGUGUCAACAGAGAAGUUGGAAUGUUGUAAUAGGAUGAAAACCUGAAGCAAUGUCAUAUCUGAAGACUCAGGAGUUUUUGAUUAGUGGUGUAAGCAGGUUUUUGUAAGUUGACCUUAGGUGGCUCAGCGGAGGGUCAGUGGCACGAUAAGAGUAAAAUGUACUGUAGGUGGACACUGUAAAACGAGUGUGUGUGAAUGUCGGUAGGACACAGAGCGGCUCUGCACUUUGUCAUGAUUCCUGUUUUAUUUAUUUAAUAAAAGAUUAGAGAGGAUUAUAUGUUUAUUUAUUUUCUUUGUUGCUAUAUUUUUCAACUUAAUGUACAAUGGGGUGCUUCUUCUGUGGUGAUUAAAAUUAAACAAAACACUUUCUUCUUG